GGUAGUAAAUUGUCCAUCCAAACAAUCUGGAAAUCAUACUGCCUCUGUUAUUUUUCUCUCUGCAGAAUGCUUCCGAUUUGGAUCUCCUGCAAAACAUUGCAUCUGCUUUAUCUAACUCAUUGAUUUGCAUUCUCUUCUUCUUUGCUUAAUCAACCGGAAAUUUUGGCGGCAGAAGUUCAUACAUUUAUUGUUUAUACAUAAGAUAUUAUUUUAACGCACAUCCAUAGAAGAUGUAUAUGCCAUUUGGAUGGCCACAGGUCAUCCCGCUGGAGCCAGGAAUUUGUCCUUCUUCUCUGCGGAUUGUGUAUCUGAAAGUCACCAAUCGGUUUUUGCUCGUUGUGUCGCCUACACACCUCGAGCUCUGGUCGUCUUCUCAGCAUAGAGUGAGAAUCGGGAAGUAUGAGAGAGAUUCGGGUUCCAUUCUGAAGGAAGGCGAUAAUUUGCAGGCCGUAUGGAGUUCUGAGACGAAAUUAAUUGCCGUUCUUACAUCUUCUUUGUAUCUCCAAAUUCUUAAGGUUAAUUUUACAGAAAAGAAAAUACAACUUGGAGGGAAACAACCGUCUGUGUUGGUUCUAGCGAACGUUACUUUACUCUUGAAUGAGCAGGCUCCAUUUGCUGACAAGAAUUUGACAGUGAGCAAUAUUAUCUGUGAUAGCAGAAACAUGUUAGUUGGACUCUCUGACGGAUCACUGUACAACAUAUCUUGGAAGGGUGAGUUUUGUGGAGCCUUUCAUCUUGAUGCUCAGCUUCAUGAUGGUAGUGAGGCUAUUAAAAUUUCAAAUUCUCUGGAAAAUGGUCUAGCUUCUGUUGGAGUUCAAGUUGAUUCUGAACUUAAUCAUUAUUCAUCAAAAUCAUCUGGUGUGAUCUACCUGGACUUUUCCAUACCUUUAAGGUUACUGUUUGUGCUAUUUUCGGAUGGACAACUUGUCCUGUGUUCUGUGAGCAAGAAGGGCUUCAGGCAAGCUGAGUCUGUCAAAGCUGAAAAGAGGUUGGGCUCUGGUGAUGCUGUAUGUGUCUCUGUUGCUUCAGACCAACAAAUUCUUGCUGUUGGUACCACAAGAGGUGUUGUUGAGUUGUAUGAUCUAGCAGAAUCGGUUUCACUAUUACGUUCAGUUUCUUUAUAUGACUGGGGAUAUUCUGUGGAAGAUACUGGUGCUGUAAAUUGUAUUGCAUGGACACCUGACAAUUCUGCUUUUGCAGUUGGCUGGAAGUUAAGAGGACUCACAGUUUGGUCUGUUUCUGGCUGCCGAUUAAUGUCUACCAUCUGCCAAAUUGGAUUAAGUUCUGUAUCUUCUCCAGUAAUUAAGCCAAAUCAAGAAUAUAAAAAUGAACCCAUGAUGGGUGGAACCUCCCUGAUGCACUGGGAUGAACAUGGAUACAGGCUUUAUGCUAUUGAGGAAGGAUCUUUGGAGAGAAUAAUUGCAUUCGCUUUUGGGAAAUGCUGCCUCAACAGAGGAGUUUCUGGGACAACUUAUGUUCGCCAAGUUAUAUACGGUGAAGAUAGGUUACUUGUUGUGCAAUCAGAAGAUACUGAUGAACUCAGAAUCUUGCAUCUCAACCUUCCGGUUUCUUAUCUUUCCCAAAAUUGGCCUGUUCUACAUGUAGCUGCUAGCAGAGAUGGGAUGUACUUGGCUGUUGCUGGUUUUCAUGGGUUGAUCCUGUAUGACCUACGUUUAAAAAAAUGGCGUGUUUUUGGAGAUAUUACUCAGGAACAAAAAAUUCAAUGCAGAGGCUUGCUAUGGCUGGGGAAAAUUGUUGUUGUUUGCAACUAUGAUAGUUCUUCCAAUACGUACGAAUUACUUUUCUACCCGAGAUAUCACCUUGAUCAAGGUUCACUACUUUGCCGGAAACCUUUGCUUGCAAAGCCAAUGGUCAUGGAUGUUUAUCAAGAUUAUAUACUUGUCACUUACCGCCCGUUCGAUGUCCAUAUUUUUCAUGUGAAGCUGUCUGGUGAACUGACACCUUCGAAGUCACCGGAUUUAGAGCUUUCUACAGUACGAGAGCUCUCGAUCAUGACUGCAAAGAGCCAUCCUGCAGCAAUGCGGUUUAUCCCCGAUCAGCUUCCUAGGGAAUCUAUCAAUGAGAAUGGUGUAUCAUUAGCAUCUCAUGUCUUAACCAGGGAGCCUUCUAGGUGCUUGAUUCUCAGGACAAAUGGAGAACUUUCACUGCUUGAUUUGGAUGAGGGGAGGGAAAGAGAUCUCACUGACUCGGUGGAGUUGUUCUGGGUUACCUGCGGUCAGUCAGAGGAGAAAACAAACCUAAUUGAGGAAGUGUCAUGGCUGGAUUAUGGCCACCGAGGAAUGCAGGUUUGGUAUCCAUCUCCAGGUGUCGACAGUUUUAAACAAGAGGAUUUCUUGCAGUUGGACCCGGAGCUGGAAUUUGAUCGUGAGGUGUAUCCUCUUGGUCUACUGCGCAAUGCUGGGGUUGUUGUGGGUGUUUCACAGAGAAUGUCUUUUUCUGCAUGUACUGAGUUUCCAUGUUUCGAGCCAUCUCCUCAAGCUCAGACCAUAUUGCAUUGCUUACUACGACAUCUUCUGCAGAGGGACAAAAUGCAAGAAGCAUUACGGUUGGCACAAUUAUCAGCAGAAAAGCCACAUUUUUCACAUUGUUUAGAGUGGCUUCUUUUUACAGUUUUUGAAGCUGAAAUUUCCAGGCAAAACACAAAUAAGAAUCACACUACAGUUCCUAAUCAUGCUACCUCCUGCUCACUUCUGGAAAAGACCUGUGAUCUAAUCAGAAAUUUUCCCGAGUAUUUUGAUGUGGCCGUUAGUGUUGCACGAAAAACUGAUGCUCGACAUUGGGCAGAUUUGUUUGCUGCUGCUGGUAGAUCCACUGAGUUGUUUGAGGAAUGCUUCCAAAAUAGAUGGUAUCGGACUGCUGCUUGCUAUAUACUGGUAAUUGCAAAGCUUGAGGGUCCUGCUGUGAGUCAGUAUUGUGCAAUGCGUUUAUUGCAGGCAGCACUUGAUGAAUCUUUAUAUGAACUGGCUGGGGAACUAGUGAGGUUUCUCCUCAGAUCUGGACGGGAAUAUGAACCUACAACAACAGAUUCUGAGAAGCUAUCUCCUCGGUUCUUUGGAUAUUUUCUUUUUUCGUCUAGUUUUGGUAGACAGGCUCUGGAUUCAAAAGGCUCAUUCAAGGAGCAGAGUCCGCAUAUUUCUUCUGUUAAGAAUAUUUUAGAAAGCCAUGCAAGCUAUCUGAUGUGUGGAAAAGAACUUUCAAAGCUUGUUGCAUUUGUGAAGGCCACGCAGUUUGAUCUUGUGGAAUAUUUACAGCGAGAAAGAUAUGGAUCUGCUCGCUUGGACAAUUUUGCUUCCGGGCUUGAGCUUAUAGGACAGAAGCUUCAAAUGGAGACAUUGCAAAGUAGGUUAGAUGCAGAAUUCCUAUUGGCUCAAAUGUGCUCUGUCAAAUUCAAAGAAUGGAUUGUUGUCCUGGCCACACUUCUGAGGCGAUCUGAGGUUUUGUUUGAUUUAUUUCAACAUGAUUUGCGUUUAUGGAAUGCAUAUAGCACAACUUUACAGUCACAUCCCGCAUUUGCUGAAUACCACGAUCUGCUUGCAUUCUUGGAACUGAAGCUACGCCCCACUUCAAAUCCAGAAGAAAAAUGAAAAUAUUUGUAGAUAGGGGCACAGUCGAUGUGUCGGAAUAUCCAUUUGUGUUGCGUUUUCCUGGAUAAUUACAGUUUACAAGCUUUUAUCUUUGUGUUUCCCAUUUUCUGUUUGGACCGGACCAAAGUUCGGAUUCUUAUUUCUUUACCUUAGUGUACAGAGACGAGAGACACUGUUUGUAUGAAAAGUUGUAUUUUGUCGGGAUUAAAUUAGUUCCUUGACGUUUACCUGACCUCAA